CUGCUGCUGUAACAAAGAUCAGUGAAGCGAGAAGGAAGACAGGAUAGAAGACAGAAAGCGAUCCAACCAAGAGACCCGAUAUAUUUUUGUGUUACGCCUUUUGAUGUGUACUUAUUGUAUGAGUGUAUGAAUAAAUAGUAUUUAAAUGCGGGAUACAGAUAGAUGUUACAACUGAAUGACAUAUUUGAGAAAAAUAAUGCAGUCCACCAUACAGAAGCGACAUAUUUUGAUAGCCAUAUUCAUCUUGGUUGUACUGAUUGUAAUAUUACAAUUUGGUGGUCCACACUACUGUAGAUAUAUUGACAUAAAGAAGAAAAUAGAAUACAUCUGUAUUGAAGAUCCUGAUACUCAAAACAAAACGGGACUAGAAGAUAUUAAACCUUUACCUCUAGUUUAUCAAAACAACUACUUUAUAGAUAAAAGUUCAGUUAGAAAAGUUCAAGCCAAAAAAUUUUACACACCAUCAACAAGAAACGAUUUGGACUUCACUCCAGCCGAAAAGAUUCGCCUACAUUCAUGCAUUAAAAAUUUCAAAAGUGAUUGGAAGAAUGGCCAAAGUGGAUUCUGGGAUGGAGACGAACAGUAUAUACGACGUACCCAUCACAAAUAUCUCAUUCCUGGGGACAAUGUUAUGAUUGAAGUGGGAGGAAAUGUUGGCCAGGAUGCUCAGUAUUACUUGGACACGUACACGCCAAAGCAUUAUAUCAUGUUAGAACCUUUGAAAUUGCUUUAUCGAAAACUUCAACAACGAUUUAAAAAUUACACAAAUGCCGUCACAUAUAAUGUUGGUCUUGGUAAAAGAAAUGAAAAAUUUAUGAUCAAAAUGGAAGGAAACGUUGGGGAUGCAUCUUCACCAUUUUUCGGUUCUGGAGAAGGAACCUGUUCUCUCAAGGUUGUAAAUGCAAAUGAUUUUUUCAGUGCACUUGGUGUUGGUAAUUUCAAGGUUGAUCUGAUUACCAUAAACUGUGAGGGUUGUGAAUAUGAUUUGUUGGAGACAAUUUUAUCCACAGACCUUGUGUAUCACUUCAAACAUAUUCAAUUUGGUACUCAUCCAACGUUGAAAAAUCUUGCAGAUCCUGUCGGAAGAUAUUGUCAAAUACAAGAAUGGUUGAGUAGAACCCAUCAGCUUACUUAUCAAUAUAAAUUUACAUGGGAAACAUGGAAAUUAAAAAGUAUUUAGUCCAUUUACAUUCCAUUGUUAAUGUUAAUUCACUUUUCAUCUUGUUCAUAUUUUGACUAAUUUUUAAAUUUUCUUCAUACAACUAAGUAUUCUAUAACAGUUAUUGUCAUAUUAUACAGCAAAUCUGUGAGUCUUGAGUAUAUUAAGUAUCAGUCCAUACAAAAAACAUGUAUCAAGCCUACAGAUAUUUAAUGUUGUUAUUCCACUAAAUAUUUGUAACUGUUGGGUACAAAAGGUGAAAAAGGAAUGGUUCAUCUCAUAUUGCCUCAUCAUUGAAGAAAAUGAAAGUCACAAAGAAUUGCACUUGAGAUAAUUGAAAUAUAUCCCUUUGUAGAAUUGUCAUAGAGCAUUCCAUGUAUUCUAGAUUUCCAACCAACGAAUAACCUCACAGAAUUGUCAUAGAGCAUUCCACAUAUUGUAGAUUUCCUACCAACAGAGAUUAAAGUCAAAGUAUUUAAAAUGUUAGCUUUUGGCAUAUCAAAAAUAUUUACUGUAAAUUCAGAAAUUAUUGCAAGGGUUUUAUUAUUGCGAAUAAUGCGAGUGGGUGAGUAUCACAAUAAUGAGAACUCGCAUUCUGAUAUAUGAUGCAUAUAUCUGUAUGCCUCUUUUCCAGAACUCGCAAUAAUUAAUCUCGCAUUUAUGUCCAUUCUUCAAAAAUCGCAAUAAUAAAUGCACGCAAUAAUUUCUGAAUUUACAGUAUUUGUAUGCUUUCCACCUUUGAAUCACCUUAUGUAUGACUUUUACAUUGUGUGGUACAUGUACUUACUCAUUACUUACUCAUUACAGUAACACUCCUUUUAUAGGCAAAUGUUGGAUUUUGUUAGGUUUUAUGGACUUCACCCUUUUUUAAUUUGCUUUGGAGUUGGGUAUAUUUGUUAAAAUCUUUUUUAUACUCAUACAUUCAUAUUUUUACAUUUCAUUUUUAUACGACCGCAAAAAAAAUUUGUGGUCGUAUAUUGGUAUGACGUUGGCGUCGUCGUCGUCCGAAGACACAUUGGUUUUCGCACUCUAACUUUAGUUUAAGUGAAUGGAUUUUUUUGAAAUUUGACCAUAAGGUUAAAUACCACAAAAGGAAGGUUGGGAUUGAUUUUGGGGGUUAUGGUACCAACAGUUAAGGAAUUAGGGGCCAAAAAGGGGCCAAAAAUAAGCAUUUUCUAGUUUCCAGACAAUAACUGUGGAACGGUGUAUGGAUCUCUCUGAAAUUAUACUACAAGUUUCCAUACCACAAAGGGAUGGUUAGGAUUUGCUUUGGGGGGUUAUGGCUCAAACCGUUUAGGAAUUAGGGGCAAAAAAGGGGGAAAAACAAGGUUGUCCUGGUUAAUGGACAAAUACUUUAGUACAAAACAUAAUUUAAAGCAGUGUAAGGGAGAUAAAUCAAAUACAUCAUUGAAAUUAUCUCCCUUACACUGCUUUUAAAUUAUGUAUAAAGUAAUGGUUAAUGAACAAUAAAGAUAAUUUAAAACAGUGUAAGGGAGGUAAUCCAAAUACAACGUUUUGGUUACUUCCCUUACACUGCUUUUAAAUUAA